UUUGUUCUCCGGUAAAUAUUUUUUGCAGUGGGAGUGUUCUCCAGAUCCUCCCAGCACUUUCCCGACACUUGUUAUGGGGUGACGCGUCGUCUGGGAAAUCACAGUCGUGUAUAAAACCCACAGCCAGAGGGAAUUAGAGCACGAGGCUUUAAAAAACUGUCCAUUUCAAGAGUUUGUUGUUGGAUCAAAAGGGGGACUGCGUGCGUAAAAGGGAUGCGCGUAACGCAAAAGAGAUAAAGUUGUGACCAUAGUGAGAAAAUAAUCAGGUAGAUCCAUCUGAAAACAGGUCUUUAGGGGUCUUAUUUAUUCAUUUAUUUAUUUAUUAGGUUUAGUGAACUUUCCUGGCUGAGGCGCACAUGGCAGAGGGAGACUUCUACACCAUGGGGAGCCGGCAGAGGUUUCCCAGGGAUCCUUUCGGGGAGUCGCCAUUCAGAGACCAGUCUCCGUUCCGGGAUCAACUCACGUCUCGGUUUAUGGAGGAUGACUUUGGGAUGCCCCCCUUCCCAGAUGACCUUGCUAUGGACUGGCCGGGCUGGGCUCGGCCUGGUCGGCUCAGUUCACGGCUCAGCGCGUCUCCUUUCACCAGCACUUUACGCACAGGAUUCCCCCCGCGGCAGUCCACGGGUGGGCCCCAGUUGUACACCAGCAGGUACGGAGGCGGCCCCGUGGAGCCCACAUCCAGGAGCUCCCCUGUCACCACCGGGGGGGAACCGUGGAAAGUUUGCGUGAACGUCCACAGCUUCAAACCAGAGGAGUUACACGUCAAAACGAGAGAUGGAUUUGUAGAAGUGUCUGGAAAACAUGAAGAGAAGCAGGAAGAAGGAGGCAUAGUUACAAAGAACUUCACAAAGAAGAUACAGAUCCCGAUAGAUGUGGACCCUCUGACAGUCUUCGCCUCCUUGUCCCCCGAAGGCGUACUCAUCAUCGAAGCUCGGCAGACUCCCCCAUAUUACCUGUUCAGCGACGAGGGGCCCCAGAUCUGUGACACACAGGAGGGGGAGGCCCCGAAACCCCAAGAGGCACCCACGGUUUAACCCUGACUUUGAUCCAGCCUCCCCACUGACAUACCAAAUCAUCCUGCUACAAGUUUGAUAUGAAAUAUGUGGCCCUCAGAUUUAGGGUGAAUUAAAAUAAGUCCAAUAUACAACAGGAAGUACACGUCUUCAUUCAGGCAGGAGUGUCCUCUCAAACGACUCUUUCAGUGAACAUCUGUGGUCAGUUUCAUAGACACAGACCUUGACUAAACUAGGGCUUUUUCUAGUAUUGAUAAUAAUAUUCAGACCUCAGUAGAUGUCUACAGUAAAUGUACCUGUUGCACAAAUCUGUUUAGUCAAUUUACCAUCUUAAAACGGACUAAGUUUAACUAAGUUUCAGUCUGUAGAAAAAGAAAUUCAACACUUUAUUUAAAAAAAUGUAGGUUCAGUUCUUGAAAAAAAAAAAAAAAAAAAUGAAUAAAUAAUGUACAGUGUGCAGCACAUCCUCUUUAACCUUUUAGCCUCUUAUUAUUUUAAAUAAUAGUCAAAUCAUAAGCAAACCACUAAAUAUGUUUUCUUUCUUGUCAGCUGGAGCUACUGGUUAAUGUGACAGUCUGUUCUGGGUAUAUGAUACAGAUCAGAACCCAUCAGACUUUACAUUUGUAAAGCUGUAAUUUACAUCAGAUGGAUUUAGAAGCAGAAUUUACACUGAUCUCAGACUGUACACCAGUUAAACUCUCUUUAUGAAACUGGCCCCUUAUUCUUCUCUUGUCUCUAUGCAGGUCUUUACAACAAAAAGAUUAAAAACCAUCAGGUGAACAUACUAUUGUCAUUAAUACACAUAUAGUAUUUUGAUUUUUUUAGUGAUCUAUGCAUAACAUGAGCAUCCAUAGUUGGACCAUUAAUGAACUUUAAUCACAUAUUCUUUCACUUAUUCGUUCUCAAAACCCAAAUGUAGAUAUUGCAUUUUAAGAUGCAAUUUAGUUUAUUUUAGAAGAAAUAAAUCACCAAAAAGGCCUUAUUUUCUUUUGUGCUUUUACUUCGUCUCUGAAGGUGGGCUUGUUAUUGAGUUAAUGAAUGUCACUUAAACUGACGACAUGAAAGUGAGUCACCUUUUGGUGAUUUAAUCAAGGGUGGAUUGUGUGUAUUUAUACUGCAUUCUACCAAAGUGUAUUGUAAAUAGAUUUUAAUAUGUGCCAAUUCAUUCUAAAUAAUAAUCUGAAGUGUUCCCGGUGUUAGAAUAUGGUUUGCGUUUUUUUUUUUUUUUUUCUAUUUGAGCAUACAGGAUGAUGACUGCAUGAUUUUGGAGCAGACAGACUGACUUCUUUGCCAAACACGUUUGUUUCCUGCCUUCUUUUAUGUUGAUGUCUUUGUAUUGGCUGACGCAAUAAAAAUGUCCAGCCAAUGUC